UCGAAUGCUGCAGAGUGUGGAUUCAUAACAAAUCGUUUGAAUGGUACGGUGUUGAGCCCGAAAAGUCCGAGCGAUUAUCCGAACAACGCUUAUUGCCUCUGGGACAUAGCAGUUCCGCUUGGUUAUCAUGUUGCACUGUAUUUCAAUCGUUUCGACAUACAGCAGUCGAGUGAGUGCAGCAAAGAUUACCUGAAGAUAAGUCAAGAGCAUCAAUCACGGGCAAUGGCACCAGUGGGUGGAUAUUACUUUUUAUUUGAUCAUGAAGAAGAACUGAAGAAGAUUUGUGGGUACGAAACCCCUCGCGUUUUUCGCUCAGAAAGUAAUCGUAUCAAAAUCGAAUUCAGAUCUGAUGAAAAAAUUACAGCGAGAGGCUUUAACAUAACAUGGAAAGCAGACGAUUUUCUUCUUUUUCUGGCUGCGCAUAUAUUGCUUGUCGAUGUAUGCGAAAAAUUUGCAGAAUGCGGUACAACUUUCCGGCUGAAUCACGGCGUUGUUACAUCACCUCAUUAUCCGAGAUUCUAUCCAAAUGAAGAUACAGAAUGUUAUUAUCUUAUUGGGCCUGAUUAUGCGGGAACACCGGUCAUUACGUUAAAAAUAUUGGACCUAGAUCUCGAUCCACAGAUUUGUAAGUUAUUUUUUUCUAGUUAA